AUGGGUGUUCAAAAGAAGACAAGAAAGUUCGCCGAGGUCAAGCGAAUAAUCGGAAAGAAAGAUGGCCGACGCAAGGAGAACCUGAAGAAGGAGGAGGAUGCCAUCGCCAAGGCCAAGGGCGCCCGCGGAGGACCUGAUGGAGAGACGGUUGUCCGCGAGAUUCCUCAGGUGCCAUCGCAGCUCUUUUUCCAGCACAACGAGAUUCUUAUGGAUACCUCGUUCAUCAACAGGUCCGUUCAGAACAAAUUGGAGCCCCUAGAGGCCAUGAUGGACUGUUUAUACGCGUCCUGCGAACCAAUCGUCACGGACUGCAUUCUUGCUGAAUUGGAGAAACUCGGCCCCAAAUUUCGCAUUGCUCUACGCGUGGCGCGCGAUCCCAGAUGGACCCGUUUGAAGUGCACACACAAGGGCAUUCUGAAGGCUGGCCGCGGAAAAUACGUCAUCGAGAGGUUGCCUGGCGCAGAAUGA